ACACACUGACAGACACAGACCCCCCAAUUCUCUUCCUUUAAUAUCAUCCCCAAAUAAUGCCUUAAAUCUUGAAUGCAUCCUCUGAACUUCUCAGGGGUUUCAACCCACUUCUCUCUUUUUGACCUAAAAAUCUCAACUUUCUAUUCAUUCAUGUGCUCCGAUUCAACAAAUUUCUGUAAAGUCUUUAUCUGACAAUCGAUUUGAUUCGAAGCUUUUUUUUUAUUAUGUUUGUGAUCUUGAGUUGAUUAUGAUUCGCCGCCAUUGACGCUGAAACGCGUGGACUAAUUUAGUUGCUGCUGAUCCUUUUUUUGCGGGUCUAACGUCAAAAUGCAGUUUUGAAAAUAUUGCCUGCAAGGUGUUUGUGAAAAGUCCACAAAGAGGUUUUUGCAGAUACGGUGGGAGGAAAUGGGAUCUGGAAAUGGGUUUUAUUCCGGAGGUGAGUUUAAUUUGGAAGCCAAGUGGUUGAUUGAUCCGAAGCUUCUUUUUGUCGGUCCAAAGAUCGGUGAGGGUGCACAUGCUAAGGUCUAUGAGGGCAAGUAUAAAAACAAGAAUGUAGCAAUUAAAAUCGUAAACAAAGGCGAUACGCCUGAGAAUAUUGCAAAGAUUGAAGGCAGAUUUGUGAGGGAAGUUGCAAUGUUAUCUAAAGUGCAGCACAAGAACUUAGUAAAGUUUAUUGGAGCAUGCAAAGCACCAAUCAUGGUCAUAGUAACUGAGCUUCUUACUGGUGGAACGUUAAGGAAAUACUUGGUAAAUAUGAGGCCACGGAAUUUGGAUACGCGUGUUGCUAUAGGUUUCGCACUUGAUAUAGCUCGCGCGAUGGAAUGUUUACACUCGCAUGGAAUCAUUCACCGUGACUUAAAGCCAGAAAACUUGCUGCUAACAGCAGACCACAAGACUGUGAAACUGGCUGAUUUUGGUUUGGCAAGAGAAGAAUCAUUAACAGAGAUGAUGACUGCAGAAACGGGAACCUAUCGUUGGAUGGCUCCGGAGCUGUACAGCACUGUAACACUGAGGCAUGGUGAGAAAAAGCAUUAUAAUCAUAAGGUUGAUGCUUACAGUUUUGCAAUUGUUUUGUGGGAGCUCAUACACAAUAAGUUACCCUUUGAGGGUAUGUCAAAUCUUCAGGCGGCCUAUGCUGCUGCUUUUAAGAACGUGAGGCCGAGUGCUGAUGACCUGCCCGAGGAAUUGGCUCUAAUAGUGACAUCCUGUUGGAAAGAAGAUCCAAACGCUCGGCCAAAUUUCACUCAAAUAAUACAAAUGCUGCAUAAUUACUUGUCUGCCAGCUCACCUCCAGAACCACGGCCCACAGCUAUCCCACCUAGGAUUUUUGCUUCUCAAAAUGCGGUUUUUUCACCGGACUCUCCUGGUACAAGCACUUUAAUUGCAAAAACCGACGAAUCAACACCAAAAGCACCCAUAGAAGACACCAGCAGAGGUAUUUUCUCCUGCUUUUACCGGUGUUGUUGAUGGCGGAAUCAGAGUUUGGAACAUACAAUCUGUACACAGUUAAAAAGGAGCAGCAUAAGAACCAAAGUAUUAGAGGACUUUGAAGUUGUAGGAUUUCUUAGUUAAUUAAUUAAUUAUAUUUUAUGUCUAUAAGUUUGGAUAUAUUUGGUUCAUUUUUAAGGACUUACUGUUCUCUUUUUAUUUAAAAAAAAAUAAUGGUCUGUUUAUGAUGAAAAGCCAGUUUUAAUGGUCAUACUCUGAUUGGGUAGCUUAUGAUGUAAAAACGGUCCAUUCAAGGGCCCUUUUAAAGACUCUUAAUAAUUAAUGUAAUCAAUCAUUUAUUUA